UACCUGCUAUCGGCUGAACGUUUACUGUUAAAAACAAAAGGAAUGAUACCAUAUCUAAUCUGUGCUGCAAUUUGUAUUGCGGGGACCCAUAGCCAAAUAAAUAUGAAGUGGACACUUGUAUUUGUUGCUCUGUUUUUCCACUGUGUUCCAGUUAUCUUUACUGAGGAUGCAUCAAACAAAAACGGUGAACAAAUAGAAGAAAAUCCCGCCAAAUUGAAUAUUGAAGACUUUGCACGGCCUGUUGGAAGAAAAACUCAGGAGGUGAAAAAGCAGAGUAAAAUCAAUAUCGAGGAUUAUGCGCAUCCUGUCUGGCGAAGGAUUCCGAAAGUUGUUGAAAAGCUUGAUCAGGGAAAAAGCCUUGGGAAGCAAGACGAUACACAACAUGUUGCCAAAAAUGUUCAAGCAAUCGACAACUUGGUAAAAGCUUACCAAAUACUUAGUAAGCAAGUGGAGUAUCUCCAGAAUAGGUCCAGGGUGCAUAGAACAGGCAUCAACAGCAGUGUUGAUAAUAUUCCUCCAAAAUACCAACCAAGGCCGAGACAAAAACUACACGAGUUCUUCAGGCAACUUCGACAGAAAUGCAGAGUCAACUCCCCGGAACUGAACACUCCUUAUUGCAGGCUGUUUAGCUACUGGCUUUGAUUGCGUUAAUAAAAUUA